AAUCCUCGACCGAAAGUUCGAUUCUUCCAUAACGACAGAGAAAUUCGUGAAGAGUCAAAGUUUGUUAAGAUUGUUACCUCCGUUGAUACCUAUUCUAUAGUAAUUGAAAAGGCACGAUUGGAACAUGCUGGCUACUACAAAGUUGUCGCUGAGGUGGGUUCGGUUGACUCAAACAUUUAA